AACAUCAGCUGUGUGUAAACAUAACCUAAAAACGUAACCGCUGUCCAUCCGCCGCGCUACUUUGUGUUUAUAAAUAAAAUCCCGUGUUAAAUUCGUGAUUUUGUGCAAUUGUCCAUCGAAAAUACAUUCUCCUAACAAAAUGCCCGCUUGCACUGAUACUUUUGGAUUCAAUCAAACCGCCAUGUUCGCGGAAAUUCGCGAAUCCUUGCCCACCGACCGUACAAAGUCGCAGAAUUUGAUUGAUUCCAAGGACGAUAUGUUGUUUGUUUGGAAUUCCCGCGAGUGUUGCUUGUUGGCGCUGAAUUGGAGGAUGGCGAAGGUGAAGGGAUUCGACGUGAUAAAGCAUCAGACACUUCGCCCGUCCAAACUACAAAACUUCAUCGUGGAUCGAGUGGUUUGCUCUCCCGAAAGUGACUUAAUAGCUCUAGCCGGAUCACGAGGUUUAACCAUUCUUGAGCUACCAAGACGUUGGGGACCAAACGGUCAAUACCUCGAAGGGAAGGAGCAUAUUAUAUGCAGAUCCCAGAAUGUCGACGAGCAAUUUUUCCUGAACAACUCACCCCUAGAAUUGUUGCAGAUUCGCUGGCAUCCAGCAUCUCCGACUGGAACCCACAUCCUAGCUCUAAUAUCAGAUAACACUAUUCGUGUCUAUGACGAAUCAACACUUAAACAUGUCUGGCGUGUAGGACCUGUACCAUCCAUUCCUAUAUUGCCUGUCGCGAAUGUUGUUGUUGCAUCGACUGGAACAACAUCGUCCACCGUUCAAAGUCCUGCUCCUUCGUCGUCGACUACAACGGCAUUCUCACAUGUUCCGUUGUUAAGUAGUUUGGGCGAGACUGCAGUUGAUUUCGACAUUGCCCCACCACGUGUGGUCUCGUUGGGGAACGAUAAUGUCAAGGAUUCUCGAAUUAUUAAUGCAACAACAUACGUCAUUGAUUCGCCCAACGAUUCUAUAAAUAACAAUAUUAGUAAGUCCAGUAGGACGGAGGGUCGACUUGGGACAAAGAAGGUUCCAGCACUAAGUGACAAAGUCGAGUGGCCAAUUGUUAUAUUGCGUGGAAAUGGAAACAUAUAUGUCCUUUGUGCUGGCAUCGAUACCUCCAAGCCUCAUCUUCAAGGACCUCUCACAAUGCUACCCCAAGUCACAGACAAUUAUGGAGUGGACUCUUGUGCACUUGUUGUGAUCCCAUCGUUACCACCAACGUUGGUGAUAGCAGAAAGUAACGGAAAGUUGCAUAAUGGGCUAUUGCUGGAGGCGGAAACAGCGGAGGAGUCGUUUCAAGAAGUCGACUCUAGUCUCGUUAUGUACCCAUCAGAGUGGUCAGUAAAUAUAUUAGAGACGGUCCAGUUGGAGUUGGGUCUACCGGAUAUGAAUAAGAAUAAGAGCCAAUCAUGUCCUAUACAUUUAAAGAGGGAUGUCGUCAAUGAAAUCCGUUUCUUUGCAUACCACAACACAGGUCUCCACGUAAUUACGCUUAAUUUUAUCAAACAACUUCAAAACUACGUUGAAUCGGAAAAUUCCUCCCUAACAUCACUAAACACCGCCUCCCAAGCGGAAUACCUGAUAUGUACAAAAGCACUUGCGACAGGGAAAAUCAACCCUGUCCUUGGAUUCACCCUAUUCCAAAUGCCUUCAGGCAUUGUGACUCUUCUCGGAAGCGGUCAAGUUCUCAGUUUGAACUUGGUAUCCGAUCCCAGCCUGCUUCCCUCCUGGGAUCUCGCCAACACCAAUAAUUCUCCACAGAAGCACACAAGCGAUUUGCCGAUUCAAAAAAUUAUGAGUGAAUCGUUUGUAACGCAUAUUCGCAACAUUCUCAAGAGUUCUGUAACACAGCCGAUCUUAUCGCUGGAUAAAUCCUCGGAACCUGGAGCGCAAGAGGCUCACGCCUUGUUGCAACAAGCGGUUCAGGUCCUAAAAGAUCAGUACUUCAGCCGCCACGAAAAGGCACGGGUGGAGAUACUGAAACGAGUUAACAUUCUGAAACGACUAAAGGAGCAACAGCAGAAGGAAGUGAGCCUGUUGGAGAUGGAAAAGGAGAAGAUACGACACAAUGCGGAGCAACUAGCGGAGAAAUACGAGGAUAUUUGCGAUAAGCAGCAAGUUAUCACGCGGAAGUGCCAGGAGUUAGUAAACAAAGCCAACUUAUUCCUGCCGAACAAUACUGUAGGCGACAGAGAUUUCAUUGAAAAUGUUGAAAGGAUCAACGAAGCGACUAAGAGAAUGCAGGCGGCCAUCGAACAGGCGAAGAAGAAGAUUAAUACUCAGCGAUUACACAUAAACAAAUUUAUGCAAACAGGCGAACAGAAGAAGAUUGAAUUGCCACCGAAGCAGGAGAAAACAAUCAAGGAAAUACUAUCGCAAAUAACUGUUGAAAUCGAUAGCCAAAUCAAGGAAAUCAAACGCGUCAACAACAUCGUCAACUUAUAAGUUAGCAUCAAUUUUUGUAUGUUCGGGAAUUAAAUAAAUUUUACUUAAAAAACAA